AUGAAGUCGGACAAGGAUUGUAAUUAUACAAAUGGAAAAGUUAAUUAUUACUGCAUCAUCCAAAGGCUUUUUAAAUAUUCAGGGUGUCUGAAUAUUUCUGAUAACAACUUAACCAUUUUUGAUAUUAUAUCAAACCAAAAUGCUCACGAAAAAUGUAGUUACACCACUAUUUGUUUUCCAGAUCCAAUUGCUCUCAGUGGUCUCAUAAUAACGUAA